UUUUCAUAAACUUUUUUUUUGAUUUUAUAAAAAUCAAAAGUUCUACACUUUUCAUCACUCAUUUGGAAAACAUCAUCAACAUUUUAUCUACUGUUCAUCCGUUAUAAAUCUCAAUCAUGGGAAAAGAUUAUUACGAAAUUUUGGGUAUUUCUAAAAAAGCGACUGAAGAUGAGAUUAAAAAAGCCUAUCGUAAUAUGGCUUUAAAAUAUCAUCCGGACAAGAAUAAAUCGCCUGAAGCUGAAGAAAAAUUCAAAUUGAUCGCCGAAGCUUAUGAAGUUUUAUCCGAUAAAAAGAAACGCGAUAUCUAUGAUCAAUUUGGUGAAGAAGGUCUUUCCGGUAAUGUUCCGCCUGGUAGCUCGGGCAUGGGUGGCUUUGCUGGUCCUGGAGGUGGAACGUACAAAUUCUCUUAUCAUGGUGAUCCAAGGCAAACAUUCGCUCAGUUUUUUGGCACGGAUAAUCCGUUUGAGAUGUUUUUCGGUAAUUUGGGCGGUGGUGGUAGUGGAGGUGGUAUUAAUAUCGAUCAACAUCAUGGUAUGGAUACAGAUAAUUUUGGUUUCAGCAGUUUUGGCGGCAAUGCAGAUCGUGUAUCAAAAAAACCUUACAAGCAGGAUCCACCAAUUGAGCAUAAUCUGAAUGUUUCUUUGGAAGAAGUAUUGAAAGGAUGUUUGAAGAAGAUGAAAAUCAUCCGGAAAGUUCCUGGCGGUAGCGGUACCUAUCAUAAACAAGAUAAAGUUUUGACCAUCAAUGUUAAGCCGGGAUGGAAAGCUGGAACAAAAAUUACGUUUCCUCGUGAAGGCGAUCAAAAUCCUGGUACAAUUCCAUCAGAUAUUGUUUUCAUCAUACAGGAUAAGCCGCACAAAGUCUUUAAACGUGAAGGUGCCGAUAUAGUUUAUACGGCCAAAGUAUCACUUAAAGAUGCUCUCACUGGUUGCCGUAUAAUGGUGCCGACGCUGGAAUCCGAAGAGUUUCCAUUACGUAUGAAUGAUAUAAUCACACCGCAAACUAUACGGCGAAUUUCCGGACGCGGCCUUCCAUAUCCAAAAGAGCCAACGAAACGUGGUGAUUUAAUUGUUAAAUUUGAUAUCCAAUUUCCAACAUCACUGACUAGCGAUCAAAAACGAGCAAUUGCUGAAUUAUUGCCAUAAAUGGGCAAUUUUAGUCAAAAUUAAAAAAUUAGGCCUCUGUACAGAAUAAAUUGAAUUCACUGUAUUUGUAAGACUUUGUCCGCUUUAUCCUUGAUCCAAUUAUAUUCUUUUUUAUAAUUAUUUUCUGUAAAUAAACAAAUUGUUCUUUUUCAUUGUCCAUUUUUCAAA